AUGGUUACUUCCUUUCUCUCUCUCCAUGUAGAUCUAUCUAUCUAUCUAUCUAUCUAUCUAUCUAUCUAUCUAUCAGUUCUUUUCUUUUUCUCGGAUUACGGCCAUAAAACAAUAUUCCGAAGCAUUGGUUCUUUACAUUUCUUUUCGUGCAAGUACCCUUGGCUCUUUACAUUUCGAUACGUGCAAAUAACCUUGACUCUUUACAUUUCUUUACGCGCAAAUACCCUUAGCUCUUUACAUUUCUUUACGUGCAAAUACCCUUGGCACUUUACAUUUCUUUACGCGCAGAUACCCUUGGCUAUUUACAUUUCUUUACGGGCAAUUACGCUUCGCUCUUUACACUUCUUUACGUUCAAAUACCCUUGGCUCUUUACAUUUCUUUACGUUCAAAUAACCUUGGCUCUUUACAUUUCUUUACCCGCAAAUAGCCUUGGCUCUUUACAUUUCUUUACGCGCAAUUACACUUCGCUCUUUACAUUUCUUUACGCGCAAUUACCCUUCGCUUUUUACAUUUCUUUACGUGCAAAUACACUUGGCUCUUUACAUUACUUUACGUGCAAUUACACUUCGCUCUUUACACUACUUUACGUUCAAAUACCCUUGGUUCUUUACAUUUCUUUACGCGCAAAUACCCUUGGCUCUUUACAUUUCUUUACGUUCAAAUACACUUGGCUCUUUACAUUUCUUUACGUGAAAAUACCCUUGGCUCUUUACAUUUCUUUACGUUCAAUUACCCUUCGCUCUUUACACUUCUUUACGUGA